AUGGACAACGGACGUCGUUGGCGCGAAGAUCACGCAAGAACAGGCUCCUCCCCGCCGCCAAAGCGAAAAAGAACUUCCCACAAUGGUCCGAGCAGUGUGGAUAACGGGAUUCAAAAUGGUUCGGCCGCCCUACGAUGCGAUCAAUACAAUAUAGCCUGGAUCUGCGCGCUGCAUUUCGAGAUGGCUGCAGCUCGGGCCAUGUUGGACGAUUUUCAUGAGCCUUUGCUGGCGCAUGCGACUGACACCAACACUUACAUUUUGGGAAGCAUCCAGCGGCACAAUAUCGUCAUUGCGUGCUUGCCGACUGCACAGCACGGGAUGAAUAACGCGGCAAUCGUUGCGACCAACCUGCGACGAACCUUCCCAUCGAUCCGCCUGGGUUUAAUGGUGGGAGUUGGAGGCGGAGCGCCGGGCAUGGCCGAUAUUCGCUUGGGAGACGUUGUCGUAGGAACGAGGGUGAUGCAGUAUGACUUGGGGAAAAUCGUUGGAGAGGGACAGUUUGAGGGAACGGCGACGUGGAGGAUUCCGCACCAGUCGCUCGGUACAGCCGUGUCAGUCCUUCGAUCAAAACACGAGCUAGAGCCCAGUCGUAUCCCGCACAUCCUAGGAGAGAAACUGGAAAGGCAGCCCGACUUCCUUCGCCCGAGGUUACGGGAUCGCCUUUUCUCUGCCACGUAUAAUCACCAAGUUCCGACGGGUAGCUGCGACGAGUGCGACCCUUCCAAGCUGGUUCCACGAAGCACACGCAUAUCAGGAGAUCCAGUGAUACAUUAUGGCGGGAUCGCCUCGGCGAACCAAGUCAUGAAAAGCAGCGCCGUCCGGGACAACGUAGCUCGACGCCUUGACGUUAAAUGUUUCGAGAUGGAAACCUCUGGCCUUAUGGACACUUUUUCUUGUCUCCCAAUUCGGGGAAUAUCUGACUACUCGGAUUCCCAUAAGAGCGACGAAUGGCAAAGAUAUGCAGCGGCUGUCGCCGCCGCAUACGCUAGGGAGUUGAUAGAGGCUCUACCAAAGACCCAUGCGCAGACACAGGCUGUUGACCUGCCCGACUCUCGUAAGCUAGUUAAACUUCAGCUAAUUGGCAACGUAUCCCGAUCAGUGUGUCCCACCUUCAAGUGUAGAUCAAAAUACAUCGCAUCAUCAUCGUCGACGAUUGCUAGACUCACUUAG